ACUGUUGAAAAUAAAGAAGAAAUAAUUAAAAACUCUGUUAAUCAUAUUUGGAAAGCAACUGAAGGCAAAGUUGUUACUAUUACUUUCAAUAAUCUAUUAAACUCAGUAACAAUAACCUUAAAUAAUAGCAACAAAACUAUUUUAAAUUUGGAUGCGCCAGGAGUGGUUCUUAUAAAUGAAGAAAUUUUUAGAAAUAUAGUAAAUGUGGUUGAUGGAUCUAACAGAAAAGAACCUAUUACAAUUGACAAAGUAGAAAUAAGGCUUCAAGAAAGUGCAACUCAAAGUUCUAGUUUUGAAAUGGAGGAAGACUGUACAAAUAAAAAAUCAAGUUCUUUAGAUGAUUCAGAAGCUUCUGUUUCUGUAGACCAAACUUUAAACUACAAAGAAAGCAAUGAUAAUGCUAUCGGGAAGGAUCGAGAAAAUGAAAUUCAAGGUUUGGACUCUGUAGCCCAACCCUUAAACUAUGAAGAAAGUGAUAAGCAAUCAUUUAAUGCUAUCGAGAAGGAUCAAAAAAAUGAAACACAAGAUUUGAACUCUAGUAUUCAGGAAUAUGAUAACCCACAAUCUGAUGAGUAUUAUGACUCGACAGAAGAAGCAGAUGAACAAAGAUUUAAUGAGAUAACGAAAAGUAACUCUGACGAUAAGUACAAAUUUCAAAUAAAUAACCAAUUUAAAGAUUCAAAAAAUAAAAUUGAAAAAAAUAAUUCUAAAAUUGGAAAAGUCGAUAAGGCCAACGAUGAACCUGUUAACAACUUUAUAGAAAGAGUUCCUUCAAAUUUGACAGAAGAUUUCUUACCUAGCGUUAAUGAAAUAUUUUAUACAUACGAAAUGGAAAAUGAUAUUCGACAAUAUCCAUAUAUCCUAAUUGAAAGUGUAGAUACAAAUAGUUUAAGUACCAACAUUAUGGAACAAACUAGCAAUUCAUUUCCUACCGCUACUGCUAAUACUGAAUUUUUGAGCGCUGAUCUUGAUGAGCAUGAAUCAACAUCAUGUGAAAUUGAUAAAUUAAUCUUUGAUAUAUUGGAUUCAAGGCAGCAGGUCAUAGAAUGCGUUCCUUCAGAUUUGACAGAUAAUGAUUCCUUACUCAGCAUCAGCGAAAUAAUGAUAACCAUUAUAAAUGACAACUAUCCUAGUAAUGAAACAAACAUUUCACAUCCUGAUAUUGUUAACGUCGAAACAAGUACUGAUACUGUAUGA